GUGUUGAAACAAUGUUUACAUACUACAUACAAAAAAUAGAAUCCCUUUCUUACCAGGCAGAAGAGAAAAAAGCAUUUUUUUUUACCUUCUUUUCUGUUUCUGGCAGCACUGAAGGAGUGUCCACAGCACAAAGGAUAACUCACCUACCACCUUGCUGACCAGGCGGAGGAGGAGAAGGCGGAGGGAAGGAGGGAGGAGCGGUUUACGCUUUGCGCUGCCAAAUAAAACUUCAGAACAGGUUCUACAAGGAAAGCACAGGAAGCACGAGAGAGAAAGCCGGCUAGAAACAGAGCUCACUCUCCUCAGGUGCCAACAAGGCCGUAGUGAUGUCCUCUGAUGCCAACAAGACCGUAGUGAUGUCCUCCAAUGCCAACAAGGCUGUAGUGACUUCCUCAGAUGCCAACAAGGCUGUGGUGACAUUCUCAACUACCAACAGGACCGUGAUGACAUCCUCAACUGUUGGGUGGGCCUGAGCGUUGUCCUCUGACACAGACAAAACUGCAGUCUUGAGGAAGAUGAAAGGCCUCUGAAGUACCUUUUUCAUCAUAUCUGGUAAACUUCAAUGAUCAAGAAGGAUGAAGGAAGGUGCAAAAUGCUCGCUGCGGGAGUGACUGAGUCCACAGACGCUGACCGUAGUUGAGGAAGCAUUCAUAAAGUCGAGUGCCAUCACACCUCAGGCACUCAGUGCUGCUCAGCAUUUGCCCGACACACUCUCUCCCUCUCUCUCUCUCUCUCUCUCUCUCUCGCCACAUGGCUGUGCUGCGCUCCGCGCGGAAACAUGUGGAGCCGGUUGUGUUUUGCGCUCAGAUGGCCAGCUCCUUCUUCGACACAGGUCUCCAGAUGGUGGUCAAGCAACGAAGCGAGAAUGUCACGCGCCCCUCCGACCCGCACGAGGACCAGAACGCCAUCGCCAACUUCUACAUGACUUUCAACAUGCUUACCAAGUUCAUCCCAAUCCUUCCCGCCCUCAUUUUGGCGCAAAUUGGAGACAGGGGUUACCGGAAGGUCCCCAUCGUAGUCCCUCUGGUAGGAUACUCUUUAUCCAGGGCUCUUUUAUUACUCGAAAUCUGGCUGGAGUGGAGGGUUGAGGUAAUGUACGCGGCACCUGUGAUCCACGGACUGUGUGGGGGCUUCUCGUCCUAUUGGGCAGGUGUCAUGGCAUUGGUGUCGGUUAGCACCAGUGAAGAAGAGCGUUCGCUCCGCAUCAUGCGCACAGAGCUUGUGUAUGGCAUCGCCGGCUUUCUGGGCAGCCUGGCCUCAGGUCACCUAUUCAAGCUGUACACCGUGGGGAUGAAGCAAGGUGUUCUGCUGGCUAGCAUGAGCGUGGCGUUGUACGUCUUUUGCCUCCUGUAUGCCACAUGCGUCCUACAGGUGAGUCGGAUCACCUUGGAGCAGCGGGAUAGCAACAGCAUCGGCAUCAUCACCCACAGCGGGCAAGACAGGACCAUCAUCGCGCUGCUCUUUGUUAGUGGGAUCUUGUACGACGUAGCCGUCGCAGGGGGCGUAGAGAUCUUGUCCGUUUACGUCCUGAAGGCGCCUCUGGAGUGGAGCGCCACCGAGGUGGGCUAUGGAAAUGCCGCCGGCUCCCUCAUCUUCAUCACCAGCUUCCUGGGCAUGAAGUUCUUCACCAGGUUUGCUGUGACUGACGCGAGCAUGAUAAUGAUAGGCAUGGUGUCAUUCAUGAUCGGGAUCUACUGCAUGACCUUCGUCACCACCACUGCCAUGUACUUUUUAGCUCGUUCUAUCAUGUUGUUUGCGCUGAUCCCCAUGCCAACCAUUCGCUCUCUGCUGUCCAAGCAGGUUCGAGGAACAUCAUAUGGAAUGACCUUUAUAUGCCUCCAGCUGUCCUUCAGACUGGCUAGUUUAGCUACAACACCCAUCUAUACCAAAAUCUACGAGUCCACACUGGACACCUUUCCUGGGUUUGUCUUCACCUUAUCCAGCAUCAUCACUUUUGUCUCCAUUAUACCUAUCAGUGUUGUAGGCUGCCACACUGCAAAGCACGAGAAUUAUGAGAGAAUUCAAGGGAACUAAUACUGUCAAACCACCGUCAGAACAGAAGGCAGAAUGAGUGAACGAGUGCAUCUUGUUCUAUCACUAGCUCUGAAAACAUGUCACAUGAAAUGUUCAUUCUGAACGGGUGCAGCUCUCCACUUUUCACAACACAUUUGUGUCUACUGGAGGUUUAGUAGCAUUAUUGCAUUUUAUUUUUACUCAGUGAUUUUAUUUUAAAGUGGACUUUAAAAUAGUCUAUGUUUCUUACUUGUGAGAUGUUUUUGUACUUCUUAGCUCUUUGUGUGCUGUACAUUGUUACAUCAUUGUCACAGUGUUAAGUUUAGCUUUAUCUUACCAAGUGUCAUUGCUUUGUGAAUAUGAACAGUGUAUAGGUGUUUACAUGGCCUUUAACCACAAUGAUGUUGAAUUUAUGAAUUUUGAUUUCAUCAGGAGACUGACCAUUUAA